AUGCAUGCGGACGGAGACACGACGUGCCUUUGUUCUCGUACAUGGAGGCAUAGCGUGCCUCCGUGCACGCAGAUGGAGGCUCAACGUGCCUCCGUCCGCAUGCACGGAGGGGCUAAUAGGGAAAAUGAUGGAGUUUAUACUCAGCUGACUCUACUCCCUCUACCAGAGCUGAUUGGAGCAAAAUUAGAUGACAAAGAGAUUGAAAGGAUAGGGGUCCAUGAAGAUGGGGAUGGACAUCGAUUGUACUCGAUAGGCCAGCCAAGGAGACAUUUGCUCACUACUGGAUGGAGUAUUUUCGUUAGCCAAAAGAAUCUUGUAUUGGGGAAUGCAAUUCUCUUUCUGAGGGGAGAAGGUGGAGAACUAAGGCUGGGAAUUAGAAGAGCUGCUCGGCCAAGAAAUGGGCUACCUGAUUCAGUGUUCUGUAGCCCAAGACAAUGGAUCCAUCUGAAGUGGGCUAUCAUUGAGCAAUACUUCUCUUCAUAUUUGCUUAAUAGAGGGUCUUGGAGGCUGGAAAAUUUUUUUGGAGGCUUUCUUCUCUGGGAUUUGUUCAUGAAGGAUGAAAUGCCCAUCAAUCAUAUUCAAGCAAUUGGGUUACAAGUAGCAAAAGUCAUUCUACAUAAAGAAACCUAUCAACAGAGAGGCAGUGGCUAUUGCAAUGGAGUGCCUGAAAAUUCUAAUGCUUCUCCAGAUUAUAAACCAAAAUUGUUAAUAACGUUGGAGGAGAUUGGAAGUCCAGUUGACUUUGAACUUCCUGAGUGGUUGAAUAAAUGGAAAUCAACACCCUACUCCUUUAUAAAGCAAAAUAUCUACCUUUCUAAGAGGAAUAAAAGGCGUCUGGAGGAUGAUGGCAUCUUUUGUUCCUGCAGCUCUUCAGAUGGAUCAUCUGGUGUUUGUGGUAGAGAUUGCCUCUGUGGUGAAUACAUUAAUAGGCUGGUUCUGAGAUUCAAGUACUUGCAGUGGAUUGAUCUCAAUUCUGUUGAGGAAAGCACCACAACAUCCUCAAAAUGGGUAGAAGAUGAAAUUCCAGGGAAGCAAAUUACUAACAAUAGAGAAAGCCACAACAAGAGAAACAAAUGGACCUUACUACAAGAUGUUGAUAAGCUGAAGAAGAAACAAGGCAUGAAGGAAAUGUUUAAGAAAACUUUGAAUUCGUCUAUUGAUGGAUACCUGGAACUAUUGGGUUUAAGACUAUCCAGUUUCAGGUCUGCUUUGGCUUUUAUGAAGAAAGGGGAAAAUAUGUAG